AUGGUCAACAUUCCCAACGUUAAGCUGAACUCGGGCUUCGACAUGCCCCAGGUCGGAUUCGGCCUGUGGAAGGUCGACAACGCCAUUGCCGCCGACACCGUCUACAAUGCCAUCAAGGCUGGAUACCGUCUUUUCGACGGCGCUGCCGACUACGGCAACGAGGUCGAGGUUGGCCAGGGUGUCGCCCGCGCCAUCAAGGACGGUCUCGUCAAGCGUGAGGAGCUCUUCCUCGUCUCUAAGCUCUGGAACACCUUCCACGACGGCGACAAGGUUGAGCCUAUCGCCCGCAAGCAGCUUGCCGACCUUGGUAUCGACUACUUCGACCUCUAUGUCAUCCACUUCCCCGUUGCCCUCGCCUGGGUUGACCCCGAGGUCCGCUACCCUCCCGGCUGGCACUUCGAUGGCAAGUCGGAGAUCCGCACCUCCAACGCCUCCAUCGCCGAGACUUGGACCGCCAUGGAGUCUCUCGUCGAAAAGGGCAUUGCUCGUUCAAUCGGUAUCUCCAACUUCCAGGGCCAGCUCGUCUACGACCUUCUGCGCACUGCCAAGAUCAGGCCUGCCACCCUCCAGAUCGAGCACCACCCCUACCUCGUCCAGCGUGACCUCGUCCGUCUUGCGCAGAACGAGGGCAUCGCCGUGACCGCCUACUCCUCUUUCGGCCCCGCCUCCUUCGCCGAGUUCGACUUCCCUCAUGCCAAGAAGCUCGAGCCCCUCCUCAAGCACCAGCUCAUCACUUCCCUUGCCGACAAGUACGGCAAGGCUCCCUCUCAGAUCCUCCUGCGCUGGUCUACCCAGCGUGGCCUGUCCGUCAUCCCCAAGACGAACCGCGCCGAGAUCCUCGCCCAGAACCUCGACGUCACCGGCUUCGACAUCUCUGAAGAGGACAUUGAGAAGAUCUCCGCCCUCGAUAUCAACACCCGCUUCAACCAGCCCGCCAACUACUUCCCCACCGAGAAGCUUUGGAUCUUCGCCUAA